UUAGCCUGUACUCUACUGCCUUCUUCAUAAUAAUGGUGUUGGGAUUUUCUUGUUUUCUCCAUUUCUUGAAUUAGCUAUGCCAUAUGUGAAUUUAUUCAUCUUUUCAUGCCAAAUUGUUGGAGAAGAUUGAAUAUAUUUGAUGUGUGUAUGCAGGAAGAAGGGUGGCCAUUGGGGCUGCAACCACUGAAUGUGAGAGUUGGGCUGGUGAGGAAUCGUGAUCUCAAUGGCUCACUUUCCUUCAAUACUUUACUCACUUCUUCUCCAAUCUCUUCCACCGACUCUUCUUCUGAUCUUGAUACUGAGUCAACUGGUUCUUUCUUCCAUGACAAGAGUAUCACUCUGGGGAGCCUCAUUGGUAUCUCCAGCAUUCUGGAGCUCUCUCGAAGAUCUACAAGAGGAAGAAUAUCUGAACCUGUAAGAAACAAAAAAAAUUACAAGACGAAAACAUGGUUUUUAUCACUAUGCUCAAGGCUCAACACCGACGCCGUGAGCAUGAACAACACUCCGUCUCUCGGCCACUUUCUUGAAGCAGAAAGGAGAGCUGCAAGCAAUUACAGAAGAAAUCCUAGCCCUAAUGGUUAUGGACCAGACGAUUUCUCUCACAUUUUGGACCCAAAUUCAUUAUUUGUUGGAGGCCACGUUGCCCCUCCU